CCGAACUUUGACCUUCCGCGUAAUCCGCCGCCUCUGUCGCCGCCGUCGCCGAUGACUUCUCCCUUCCCCCCGUCUUCCACUUCGGCUAUUCGGCACUUCCCCUUUCUCCUUCUCGGCGCGCUCCCAUCUCCUCUCACAAGUCACAACCAUGGCGACGACCCACCCGGCGCUCCUCUUCCUCCUCGUCCUAGCAUGCACCGGCGCCGCCAGCGGGUUCUAUCUCCCCGGCGUCGCCCCCGCCGACUUCCGCAAGAACGACUUGCUCGCCGUGAAGGUGAACCAGCUGAGCUCCGUCAAGACACAGCUGCCCUACUCCUAUUACUCCCUCCCCUUCUGCAGGCCGGACACCAUCAGCAGCAGCGCCGAGAACCUCGGCCAGGUCCUCCGUGGCGACCGAAUCUGGAACUCACCCUACUUGUUCGAGAUGAUGGAGCCUAAGCUGUGUCAGAUCACAUGCAAGAUUGUUCUGACCGAACAGGAAGCAAAUGACAUCAAGGAGAAAAUCGAGGACGAGUACCGUGUAAACAUGAUCCUUGAUAACCUUCCUAUGGUCGUCCCAAUUACGAUGCUUGAUAGAAAUGCGCCUCCAUACUAUCAGCAAGGUGUGCAUGUCGGUGUCAAGGGCAUGUAUGCUGGGAGUAAAGAUGUCAUGUAUUUCAUCUACAACCACUACUCAUUUCUGGUGAAGUAUAACAAGGAAGCACAAACAGAUCUUGCUAGGAUUGUGGCCUUUGAGGUUAAACCAUACAGUGUUAAACAUGAACCUGAUGGUGAUUGGAAGGGUAAUGCAACUCGCCUUAAAACUUGUAAUCCACACUCGGGGCAUCUAGUACGGAACUCUGAUGGGCCUCAACAAAUAGAGGCAAACAAAGAGAUAAUUUUCACCUAUGAUGUUAACUUUGAGGAAAGUGAUAUCAAGUGGGCAUCACGCUGGGACACCUACCUUCGAACACGUGAUGAUCAUUGGUUUAUCAUUGUGAAUUCUCUGACCACGGUCCUCUUCCUCUCUGUGAUGGUUGCCAUGAUCAUGCUCCGGACUCUGUACCGUGAUAUUUCCAAGUACAACCAGCUAGAGAGCCAGGAGGAAGCCCAAGAGGAGUCUGGGUGGAAGCUUCUCCACGGUGAUGUGUUCAGGCCUCCUGUCAAUGCUGACCUGCUGUGCGUGUAUGUGGGUACAGGUGUACAGUUCUUUGGAAUGUUUCUUGUCACCUUGCUGAUCGCCAUUCUGGGGCUCCUAUCACCUUCAAAUCGUGGAGGGUUUAUGACGGCCAUGCUCCUGCUCUGGGUCUUCAUGGGCCUGUUUGCAGGGUACUCCACUGCACGUCUUUACAAGAUGUUUGGGGGCCUGGAAUGGAAGAAGGUUGCCAUCAAGACGGUCUUGGUAUUCCCUGGAGUUGUCUUCGUAAUAUUCUUUGCCCUGAACAUGCUUCUCUGGGGCGUGAAAUCAUCGGGUGCUGUACCAUUCACCACCAUGUUCGCACUGGUUUUUCUGUGGCUCGGAAUCUCUAUGCCACUGAUCUUCAUCGGCAGCUACCUUGGGUUUAAGAAGCCUGCCAUAGAGGACCCAGUAAGGACAAACAAGAUACCACGGCUGAUACCGCAGCAGCCAUGGUAUAUGAACCCAGCCGUCUCGAUGUUGAUCGGAGGUAUCCUACCCUUUGGUGCAGUGUUCAUGGAGCUCUUCUUCAUCCUGACAACAAUCUGGCUGCACCAGUUCUACUACAUCUUUGGGUUUCUGUUCCUCGUCUUCGUGAUCCUAAUAGUGACCUGCGCUGAGAUCACCAUUGUGCUUUGCUAUUUCCAACUGUGUAACGAGGACUACAAGUGGUGGUGGAGAUCCUACCUGACGCCUGGCUCAUCAGCUCUGUACCUCUUCCUGUAUGCAACAUUCUAUUUCUUCACGAAGCUGCAGAUCACGAAGGCAGUCUCCGGUGUGCUCUACUUCGGCUACAUGCUCAUUGCCUCCUACGCCUUCUUUGUGCUCACCGGCACCAUUGGCUUUUAUGCCUGCUUCUGGUUCACCAGGCUUAUAUACUCUUCGGUGAAGAUUGACUAGGAAGCUAGAAUGGCAUCACUUCAUAUGGUUUCAUGAGAAAUCAGAGGUCAAAGUUGUGAAAAGAUACAUGAAAACUUAGCAUGGCUUAUACACAGAAGUAAGUUGUCUAUAGGAUAUAUCUAUUAUGAUCUGAUAAUUCAGUUACAUUAAAAGCAUUGGAUGUCAGUGACUUGAGGUAUGUGCUUGUAUUAUCACACAGCUUACAGAAUUGAGAUGGUACUUCAGCUCGAAGAACUGAACAUAUGUUUCUUUAGCUGAAAUGCUGAAGUCUCAGUAUCCAUGCUGAGUAACGAGCAUCUAGUGUUGUACUCCCUCUCUUUGAUACAAAAUAUAGAGCAGUCAGCCAUUGCCUCAGUGUAAAAGAUAAUACUUUUGACUAUGUUUUGUAUGAGAAAAUAAUAUUUCAAUUAAAAGACUGCUAUUGUAAUCUUUCUUUGUCAUAAAUCUAGUAAAAAUGAUUUAUGGUGCA